ACACCUUGUGGUAUGAACAAACCUUUAUCUUCAAACAUGAUCCAGUUUAAAAGUUUGCCUUAGAAUCACAGCUUAUCUGUUCUUGCAGAAUUUUCUAAGAUGCUUUGAGGGCUGAGGUCCAUUAAGUUUCUGAGUUCAAAAUUCUGAUUAUUUUGCCAAAUUUUCAAAGCCUCAUGCUGUUUCCAGAUUUGUUUUUAUGAUGGUAUGGCUACUGUCACAUUCCUUUAGAAUCAAUGUAGCUAAACACAUGACUACAUGUAUAUUUGAAAAACAAUUUAGUUUAAUGGUACUGUAAUUUUGAACAACCUCCCCUGACAUAUGUGGUGCUCCACAUCUACAUAGUUUAUUGUUGCAGCUACUCAGUCAGUACUUUCAUGCCUGCUAUUCUUCUGUUAGUCUAAUACCACUGGCUCAUAAACCACCAUACAUAUUUCAUUAACUUGUUACAACAAAAUUUUGGCUAACAGCAAAGAUGACAUACAGAAGGACCUUCAUCUUGCUUUGGGUUAAGUCUUCAUUACUCCCAGAGCAGGCAGGUGGCUGCUACCAGCAGAAAAGCACACAGACUCACAUCUGGUGGAAUUCAUUGCUGUGCUUUGCUCCUGAACGUGUUUUAUUCAGAGCAGCAAGUGCCAUUCCACCCACUAGUUCCCCUACUGGCUUGCUGACACAAUGUCUUUCCUUUUUUUUUCCCCUCAUGGAUGCUGCUACGAACAACAGCAGCAUUAGGAGGAAAUUCAGUCAAAAUAUAUUUAGUUAGGUAUCAAGAUGUCUAAUGAUUCCAGUUGGGGUGGCAACAUUCCAUUCAGGGGCUCUUCAGGUGCAAGGCCAUACUGUUCACCUGACAUAAAUCUGCACAGUAGUAGUGCCACAGGCACUACAGUCCAACUCUGCACACUUCCUACAAAAGUGCCUUUAAGUCAACCUGGGUACCACCAUCCAGUUGCAUACUGUGCAGACAGAAGCUGAUCCCAAACAGCCCUUUCCCAGACAUUGGCCUCACCACAACAUUCCCAUGGCCCACAACCCCCUGGCAGUCCUAAGGCUCAGUGCCCACGAAGGGCCUCGGGGCGCUGUACACAGCUCAGUGACAAACCGUAACGGCGGAGAACGUCAACCCGAAGGCCCCGACCGUCACGCACUCCUCAGCUAAGCCCCACGGCUAGCAACUCCCGGCCGAGACUUCCCACAGCUCUCGCGAGAAGUGGUGCAAACCUCGCGACACGGAGAGCCGCCGUCCCGCCAACCCCUCUCUUCUCGCGGGAUCACACCCGCCCCGCUGCUAUUGUUCCGGCUCGUCCGGUUGUAUGAGCUGUAGUGUGCUGCGGGGCCCUGUUAGCGGGCGGAGGUGAAUCUGCCCGGCCGAUACCGGAGGCCGAGUGAAGGCGGAGCGCUGUAACACGUCCUCCGCAGCUCGGCGGCUGCUCGGUGUCCUGGAGGCUUCCCGAGUCCUUACCCGGCAGUGCCUCGCCCCGGGGGCAGGGGGUGGUGCCCGUCUCUCAGCUGCCCUUCGGGAGCGUGAGCGUUCCGCGAAUCCCGGCCUUCGCCGCACCUGCACUCACGUCGGUUGAGAUGGGUGAUGCGUGGCCAGAUAAAUGGCAUGUGGGGGAGAGAUGCCUUGCACCUUGUCUUGAAAAUGGAAAGUUUUCCGAAGGGAUAAUAUUGUCUAUUGAAAAGGACAAGAAUGGAAAAUCAUUUGCUAUUGUGUCAUUCUUGGAAUCUGAAGUUAAGAAAAUACUAAUAUCUAAGCUCUGUAGAGUUGAACCUGGUAGAGGUUCCUGGAAGAGUGUAAUAUUUGAUGAUGGUGACCUGGAAAAGCCUUAUUUUCCUGACCAAAAUCUUCCAUCUUCAACAGUUGCUUUUAAGUUAUCUGAUAAUGGUGAUUUUAUCCCAUAUACAAUUAAUAGAUACCUGCGUGAUUAUCAAAGGGAAGGAGCCCAGUUUCUCUAUGGGCAUUACGCUAACAAAAGGGGAUGCAUUCUUGGAGAUGAUAUGGGCCUUGGAAAGACAGUACAGGUCAUUUCAUUUUUGGCUGCAGUGUUACACAAAAAAGGAACACGUGAAGAUAUUGAAAAUAACAUGCCAGAAUUUUUACAGAGGACAAUGAAAAAGGAAUCAAAAUGCAACCCUAAGAAGACUUUCCUCAUAGUGGCCCCUCUUUCAGUGCUGUACAACUGGAAGGAUGAGUUAGACACAUGGGGAUACUUUAAAGUCUCUGUUUUACACGGCAGUAAAAAGGAAGAUGAUUGGAAUCGCAUCAAGCAAGGGAAAUGUGAAGUUGCCCUUACAACGUACGAGACACUUCGCCUGUAUUUAGAUGAAUUUAACAGUGUAGAGUGGUCUGCUGUCAUAGUGGAUGAAGUACACAGAAUCAAGAAUCCAAAGUCUCAGAUAACUCAAACCAUGAAGUCCUUGAAAUGCAGUGUUCGCAUAGGCCUUACUGGAACCAUUCUUCAAAACAAUAUGAAGGAACUUUGGUGUGUCAUGGACUGGGCUGUACCAGGACUUUUGGGUAGUAGAACGCAUUUCAAGAAGAAAUUUUCUGAUCCAGUGGAGCAUGGCCAGAGGCACACUGCAACUAAAAGAGAGCUAGCAACAGGUCGUAAGGCAAUGGUGAAGCUAGCAAGAAAAAUGUCCAGCUGGUUUCUGAGACGUACAAAAGUGCUUAUCAGUGAUCAGCUGCCAAAAAAGGAAGACAGAAUGGUGUACUGUUCCCUGACAGAAUUCCAGAAAGCAGUGUACCAGGCUGUGCUGGAGACAGAGGAUGUAAGCCUGGUUUUAAGAGCUGGAGAGCCCUGCAGCUGCAAGAGCGGCUGUAAAAGGAAGAACUGUUGUUACAAAAUGAAUUCCCAUGGUGAAACAAUCAAGUCACUGCGAUUUAGUUACUUGACAAUUCUACAGAAAGUUGCAAAUCAUGUUGCAUUGCUGCAGACAGACAACACUAGCAAGCAGCAGGAAACACAUAUCAAACGGGUUUGCAAUGAGGUGUUUUCCAGUUUUCCAGAUUUUGUGCAGUUAAGCAAAGAUGCUGCCUUUGAAACAAUUUCAGAUCCAAAGUACAGUGGAAAAAUGAAGGUCCUUCAGCAGCUUUUAAAUCACUUCAGAAAAAACAAGGAUAAAGUUCUUCUUUUCUCCUUUUCCACAAGGUUGCUAGAUGUGCUGGAGCAAUACUGUAUGGCAUCUGGACUAGAUUUCCGACGACUUGAUGGAAAUACAAAAUCAGAAGAUAGGAUCAGAAUUGUGAGAGAGUUCAACAGGAUUCAAGGAAUUAACAUCUGUCUUGUAUCUACAAUGGCUGGUGGACUGGGUCUUAAUUUUGUUGGUGCCAAUGUUGUUAUACUGUUUGAUCCAACAUGGAACCCAGCAAAUGAUCUUCAAGCUAUUGACAGAGCUUACAGGAUUGGUCAAUGCAGAGAUGUUAAAGUGUUUAGACUGAUAUCGUUGGGAACAGUGGAGGAGAUGAUGUACUUACGACAAGUAUAUAAGCAGCAACUCCACUGUGCAGUGGUUGGAAGUGAAAAUGCCAAGCGAUAUUUCAAGGCAGUGCAAGGAUCAAAGGAACAUCAAGGAGAGCUUUUUGGGAUCCAUAACCUUUUCAAACUUAGGACUCAUGGGUCUUGUCUUACUAAAGACAUCCUAGAGAGGGAAGGACAAGUAGAAGCUGGAGUCAUGACGGUAACUACUUGGCUUAAAGAAGAACCUCCUCAGUGCAGUUCAGAAAACUAUGAACAACCAGACUAUGAAGGAGCUAGAGGUCCUUCAAGCACUAAGGUGCAGUUAGAGAGAGAAGAAAGUGAUUUUCAUGAUUAUUUUAGUGAUGAUGAUAUUCUGGAAAUUUCCAUGAAAAAAAGUAACAGAAAGAAGCCUUGCAGCGCAGAUAAUUUAAUGAUAGCAAAAGGACAGCUUUCCUUAAUGCAGUGUGGGUUCUCUAACUUGUUGCAGAGAGAAAUUGGAACUACCAAAAAAAGUGGUAAUAAUGAUGACUCUCACUGUUCAGGUUUUGAUGGUCAGACUAUAAGAACACAUGUCAACAGCAAGUGUAAUGACGUUCAGAAACGUGAAAGCUAUGUGCAUAUUUUGGAGCACAGGAAAGCUGCUCACUCACCAGAUGGAACUGAUAAACAAGACAUGAGUAGUGCAGAUUGUCUUGUUUUAUCAGACUCUGAAGAGGAAGUGGACAGAGAAAAUAAGGAUCUAUUCAUUUCAAAGCAAAGAGAUGUAGUAAUGGAAACUGAAAGCAGUUCUGAAGAAAAUUGUGAUGUCAUCUUUCGUACCCAAUUUCCAGCAAGCUACCAAGCAAUGCAUGCUAAAAAAGUUGAAAUGCAGAGAUCAGCGUCUGUAAAUUCUGAAGAGUCACUAGAAGAAAAAGAUAGGUUUGUACUUAAAGAAGAAUAUAGGCAAUUUGGAUUCCAUAGGACUGAAUCAAAUUUCAGCAAAAUCUUGUCUUUUGAAAACAUGAAAAAUAGCACAAGAGAUUUGAAAGGUGCAAGCGACAUAAGUGAUGAGUCUGAUGAUAUUGAAACUUCCUGUCAUUCUGAAUCAGGAAAGUUAAGAACGUUCAGCUUCCCAAAAGGGAAACGAAGGCAUACACAUAGCGGUGCACUAGGCAAAUUCUCAAAAUCUGUGCUGCAAAGGAAGAAGUCCAAUAGAAAAGGAAAGGAAAGUGAUUCUCAGAAUAUAGAUGAAUUUGCAUCCUCUGAAGAUGACUUACUAGUUGAAAAGAUUCAUACCCGAGAGCAAAGCUAUAAGUGUAAAAGCCAGAGAUGUGGUGUUCAGUUCAGAUCUAAAAUGCUUCAUCCAGUACGGGAUAGGAUGUGCUCUGUUGCACGGAUGAAGUCUAGCAAUUACGCUGCGCAUAGAAGUUCUACACAUAGAGCUCAGUUUGACCAUCAGAAUCAAAAUGUGGAAUCAAUGGACAGAUAUUUAGAUGGGGUUCAAGAAGUGGCGUAUAUGCACUCAAAUCAGAAUGUGGUUGGAUCUAGCAAGGCUGAGAAUCACUUGAGCCGGUGGGCAAUGCGAGACGUAUUUGAGUUGAAGCAGUUUUCCCAGCUCCCUGCUAAUGUAGCAGUCUAUAGUGCCAAGAAAGCUGAAGAAAAGCCAGAAGAAAUGAUAGCAGGGAAGAACAUUAUGAAGAGAGAGCAUGGAAUCAUGGUGAACAGUAACCAACAUCACCUGUAUAUUUUGCAUCCUGUGACCCAGAGAAACAGUAAAGUACACAGAGUGGGUUCAACCACCUUCUUGGUUGGAAAGACCCCCAAAGAAAUCCGCAGGAGACAUUUUGAGGAAAUUGUAUCCCAUUUUAAAAUGGGAUCAGUGGAAGAACUUGCGGAACAUAUUGCAAAAGCUACGUCAGAAACACGGCAGAAGUUGCUGAGGGAAUUUUACAUUUCAAAGCAUCCAGAAAUUGAGUCUUUGUUUCCAUUGGAAGUCCCAGUACAGGUUUCACGUGACUAUGAAGAAGGAGAUGUGGCUGCAAAAAAAUCGAGGAAAAGAAAAUGUGUUGUUAAUUCUGAAAGAUACAAGUCUCGUCUGAGUGGAACUACCGAAUUGCAGAACCAGCAAAGCCCUGAAGUAGAGCAACUGCGCAAUGACGCAUGCUUGCAAGAUACUAUGUGUGUUGAUGCAAAAUAUAAACAGUCACCCACUGUUGCUACUCAGCAUAUUGAGAGGAGUAAUAAUCAGGCAUUCAAGGAUUUUAUGGCAUCUGGUUCAUUAAACAGUAAAUCAGAAAUAGUUGGGGUGCAGUCUGUAAAAAACUCUGGAGGACAGCAGGACCCAGAUGUAGCAGAGCUGACAAGAAAAAGAUCCCUGUCUCAGUCAGAAAACAAGGAGAGAAAAUCUAAGACUGACAAGAAGUCUUUUGUGGACUUACUUGGAGAUACCUCUAUUCUCAGUGUUCUCUUCAGAAAUGGUGGAAAAAAACCUACAGAAUCACCACGGAGAAUCCCUUCAGGGCAGGUAGAAAAAUCAAAGGAGAGACCAAAAGAUUUCUGGGACAUGCUGAAUGAGCAGAAUGAGGAGAGCCUCAGAAAGCUCACAGACAUGACAGUUAUAGAGGAGCUAUGUGAAAGAGCACCUCAUCCACCAGUGACAGAAAAGAGAGAGGUCUGUGAAAAUUCUCUUUGGAAAAAAAAUGAAAACUUUCUAUGGAAAAAAUACAGUCCAGAUGAUUCAGAUGAACCAUCCUCUGCUACAUCUUUUAAUGUAGUAAAAUGACCGUUUUCUACAUGAGUUGUGCUACGAUUGUUUUAGUUAAAUGAACAUGAAAGUAUGUACAACUUCAGCAAAAUGCAGCAAAACAUGAUACCUCCAUGAAUUUAAAAGCAAAGUGAUUAAUUCCUAUUUAUGAUUAUCUUGAUUUACAUUUUACAUUGCCUGUACUGUAUAUUAUUGCUAAGCUAUGACAAACUAAUUGGAGAUUAAAUUAUUUUAAAAUGUUUUGAGUGCACUUGCGUUACUGAAUGAUGAUAAUUCUAGAUCUUACUAUUCCCGAUGACAGUCCUUGAGUUGGUAGUAAUACUAAGCAGUUUUCCCACCUUCACACAUCCUGUCAGAAUCUAACUAUGUUAACAUAGUUUUGGUCAGUCUGACUAUAAAUCUGUGGAGCUUCUCAUUUUUUUUUUGGUAUUCUAUGGCAGUGAGUUCUUCGUCGUUGUUGAUGUGAAGGAUGUCCAAUUUUGUUUGUUCCCUAUGACUCUCAGUGUGAAAUCUACAGCAUAUUAAAAGAUGGCACAUGUCAAAUUUCAUCUGUCAUUACACUUCCUCUCUUUUAUUGAUUUAUAUAGACUUCUGUUAUGCCUUCGUCAGAAGGUGUGGUCUGGACAGUACUUCAGUGUUAAUAAUUUUUAUGUGCAAGGAAAAAUGUUUCCAUUUUUAAAUGUGUGUUUUCUAGUCAAUGUCAAGAACAAAUUAAUGCCGUUCAGUAACUCAUACUCACUGUUGUCUGUGAGGGAGAAAAUGGUUAGAAUAUGGUUUAAAACAAACAGUAAAAGAUGGAUGUGGGUUAAUGGGGCAAGGAAACCUACAAGCUGGUGAUUGGUUGAUGGAACUGAACUGGAGACUACAUCCUGAAGAAAAGCCAGCUGAAGCCAGAUCCCCCUCCUCAACCGUGCCAAGGUCAAGAGUACACAGUGAGGAAGAGAGAUGGCCUUCAUCCCCACGACCCCCAAAGACGACCACCAGGAGGCACUACGCAUGCUCAAAGGGUGUGACUCUGGGGUGGAGCAUAUUAUAAUGAUUUCUUGGAAAUAAUUGUAAUAGUCCCUCCCUCCCUCAGGAAUGCUAUGAAUAUGUAUGCUUUUGAUCUUUAAAUAUGGAAGUUUUCUAUCUUUCAAUGUGCAAGCUAGGAAGGGGAUACCCCCCUUGCACCCGGCAUGUGGGCGUAGUGCCGUAAUAAACAUACCUGCUUUAUAACCUUC